UUGAAAUGGAAAAACCCAAGAGAUUUCAAGGCAAAGUGGUCAUCGUGACGGCUUCAACCCAGGGAAUUGGCUUUAGCAUAGCCGAGAGGUUCGGUUUUGAGGGUGCUUCUGUUGUCAUCUCUUCUCGCAAACAGCAAAAUGUUGAUGACGCUGCGGAAAAACUCAGGGCCAAAGGAAUUGAAGUGUUGGCGAUUGUUUGUCAUGUUUCAAAUGCUCAACAGAGGAAGAACUUGAUAGACAAAACUGUAGAGAAGUAUGGAAAGAUUGAUGUUGUUGUAUCCAAUGCUGCUGCAAAUCCUUCUGUUGAAAACAUUUUGCAAACACAAGAAUCGGUCCUUGACAAGCUAUGGGAGAUAAAUGUCAAAGCCUCUAUACUUCUUCUGAAGGAUGCAGCUCCUCACAUGAAGAAGGGUUCUUCUGUCGUUAUCAUUUCCUCAAUUGCUGGUUAUAACCCACCAGCUUCUAUGGCUAUGUAUGGAGUGACCAAAACAGCCCUUCUUGGACUUACCAAAGCCCUGGCUGAUGAGAUGGGCCCAAACACUCGUGUAAACUGUGUUGCUCCUGGUUUUGUGCCAACUCAUUUUGCUGCAUUCCUUACCACUAAUAAUGCUAUGAGGCAGGAGCUUGAAAGGAAGACAUUACUUGGAAGGCUCGGUACAACUGAAGACAUGGCUGCUGCGACAGCUUUUUUGGCAUCUGAUGAUGCUUCUUAUAUAACAGGUGAGACCUUAGUGGUUUCUGGGGGAAUGCCCUCGAGGCUGUAGGCUUCCAUUUUCAUCUUCUAGUGUACUUCUGUUGUGGGCCUAGCCCAAAAAGUAUUUUCCUUGACCCCCUGCUUUUGAAUCAUCUGCACCCAUUGGGAAAUAUAUAGGAAGAGUGUUCUUUUCAAUUUUUCUUUAUCAAAUACUGUAAGGAUAGCAUUGAGCUACCUUUUGCAUCAUUAUGAAAUAAUAAGGCGCGUUCGGUAGAGAAGAAAUCAUUAUCUGUUUGGGAAUUACGAUUAUAAGAAAUAUGAUAUGAUGUAAAAGUGAAUUUCCCAAAA